UAAUGAAUGUUAUAACAGUUGAAGAUUAUAAGAGCACAUACUGGCCAAAACUAGAUGGUGCCAUAGAUCAACUUUUAACCCAGAGUCCUGGUGACUAUAUACCUAUAUCCUAUGAACAGAUUUACAGUUGUGUAUAUAAGUGUGUAUGCCAGCAGCACUCAGAACAGAUGUACAGUGAUCUGAUUAAAAAGAUAACCAGUCACUUAGAGCGAGUCUCUAAGGAGCUGCAGGCCAGCCCUCCAGACCUCUAUAUCGAAAGGUUUAAUAUAGCUCUGGGACAGUAUAUGGGAGCAUUGCAGAGCAUUGUGCCUCUUUUCAUAUAUAUGAAUAAGUUUUACAUAGAAACAAAGCUUAACAGAGACUUAAAAGAUGAUCUUAUAAAGCUGUUUACGGAACACGUUGCAGACAAGCACAUUUACAGCCUAAUGCCUUUACUUUUAGAAGCCCAGUCAACACCAUUUCAGGUCACACCUUCAACUAUGGCAAAUAUUGUGAAAGGCCUGUACACUCUCAGACCAGAAUGGGUUCAGAUGGCUCCAACUUUGUUUUCUAAGUUUAUUCCAAACAUUCUGCCUCCAGCUGUGGAAUCUGAACUUUCUGAAUACGCCGCUCAAGAUCAGAAGCUUCAAAGAGACCUUAUACAGAAUGGUUUCACCAGAGGUGACCAGUCCCGGAAGAGAGCUGGGGAUGAGUUGGCUUAUAACAGUCCGUCCGCUUGUGCAAGUUCCAGGGGAUAUAGAUAGUGACUGUUGAAGUACUUUCUUCCGGAGAGAAGACACACUGGAGCUGCAGAAACUGUUCCAGGCACAGCGGGGCCUGCACCACUCAGGAGCUCUGUCAAAAAGCUGUUCUCAGAGAGGAUGCCGCACUUCUUUGAUUUUUUUUGGUUUUCAAAAACAAGAACUAACAAAAACAAUUGCUGCUAGACUUGGGGGUGAUUUUGAAAUAGGACAAUCUUUUAAUGAGUUUAUCUACAGAGCAAGUGUCUUGGAGAGUGGCCAUUGCUAAGUGAAGCCCAACAUUCAAAUCAGCUUCCUCCAAAAAAUACAAGAACGAAAGAAUCUUAAUUUUUUAAACACUUACCUUGUUCAUUUGUGGACUUGGCACAUGGUGGUGUGUGUGUGUCUCAUGUCAAGAUAUCUUUGCUUUAAAACCAAGCAGGUGUUACAAUACAGUAUUUUCACCCAUGUCCCAAACAAUCUGUUUUAAAUUCAGAAUUGGUCUAUGUUUAGCAUUAGUCUUUUUUUGUUUUUUUCGAGACAGGGUUUCUCUGUGUAGCUUUGGAGCCUAUCCUGGAACUAGCUCUGUAGACCAGGCUGGCCUCGAACUCACAGAGAUCCACCUGCCUCUGCCUCCCAAGUGCUGGGAUUAAAGGUGUGCGCCACCACGGCCUAGCUAACAUUAGUCUUGUGGAGGAAAAAUGCUAAUAACUGCUUUCACUGUAACUUUCCCCAUCAAUUCACGUUUUUAACUCUGUGCCUUGAGCUUUGUGCACUUUGCAACUGUGUGACCUUGUCAUCAUACUCAACAAUGCUUCCUGGAGAAGUGGAUAUCCCAGAUUGGUCCACCAAGGCCUUUGGUGUGGCUUUGUAGUAGGACCUGAUUUAGAAAAUGGACAGGGAUCAGAAUUUACCCUCCUGUCCCAGUUCUCAUGAGGAUCAACUCUUACUGAGUGGAGUCCUUUCUGCCAUCCACCUCACCUGAUCUUACCAGCCUGUGUAGUAUGGGUAGAGUCCUGGUCCAGGACUGUGAUACUGUAGAGAUUACCCAACAGUGGGAGCUGCUCCCUGGAUCCCUCUAGGGAGACAUAGUUAUUAAAGCCAAAUAUGGUGAGUAGUUCUUGAUCCAUCACAUUUUAAUGGGUGUGUUUAGUAUUUGUAAAAGGUCAGCUGUGCCCUGCAUCUUGUAAACAUGUUUGAUAUUUGAGAACAGCAGGGGAGAGUUUGCACUGGUGUUUGAAGGCUUCCUUCAGCUGUGGUAAAGCUGUAUUUUGUUUCACUACACCAACAGUGCUCUUUAGAUCUUCACAAAAGUCUGAAGCUUACUCCAGCUAUUUUUCAAUGGUAAACAAGAAUUGACAUGGUGAGGGAAAAAUAGUUUUCUUCUCAAUUUUGCUUGAAUGUGAAGUGAGCAUUGACUUUGUGCUACUAGGCUUUAGCCAACAGCGAUUCCAACCCUUCAGAGAAUUGCCCCACACCCACACCCCCAGCUACUACUGCAAACUCAUUGGGCAGAAGAGUUAGAAAUGGCACAGUGGGGGGCAAGAACAUUGCCCAGUAGCAGUCCUGGGUUUGUGAAUGAUGGUCUAGUUCUUUCGGAUAUUUCUCUGCAGUUGAUAGAGUUUAUGGGGCUUUAAUUUAGGUUACAUUGAAGAACCCUGUGUGAGGACAGGCAGGCUCUAAUUACGGCCUGUACAGUUUUUUCUGCUCUAUCAAGGCAAAUUUUCAUUUUAUCAAAAAACCCAAAGUUUGCUUUUUCUGUUGGAAUGUUUGCUACAAGGUUGUAAAUACCAUUUGGAACUGGUUUCUUCUACAUGGCUUUAAUAUUUUGGACAGUAGUAAAGUUGGAACAUUUCUUGAGACAUAGGUAAGCGUCUCAGUGUCUAAUUUUUACCCUCCCUCAUCCCCUGGAAGAGAACAUUCUUUUUCUCCAACAGAACUUUCCCUAUAAAAGCAUUAUAUUACAUAAAUUGGCAUUAAAGUGGGUGCUUUUGCAUUAUUAAGUAAAUGGAGAAAUAGUCAUACUCAGUCUGUGUUAGCACAAAAUAGGCAGAGGAAAGCCUGUGGAAUUCUCCGAGUUAGAGCUGGGUACAACUGCUGAUCUUGAAAGUCUGGCGAAAGUGUGUGUGAUCCCUACAGUUUGUAAAACUUAAUGAAGGUGAAAUUGGCCUUGCUUAUUAGUUGAAAUCUUGACAGAAUUCUUAGUCCUCAACUAUGAGGAAAUAAAAUCUCCUCUCUCCCACUUAGUAUUUGCAGAAAAAUAUUUUUCAUGUAUGCUUGUGUUCUUGCCAGUGCAAUGUGCAGUUUUUCUGCCCCUGCUGAAGACUACUUUCUUAGUCAGAUCCUCAAAGGCCAGAUGGUGUAGAUCAGCUAGCCAGUCAGUGUAGUGGAGUUGAUUUGGCUAAACUGGCAAGUGUGUAGGUUUGCCUACAAUAGGCCUUUAAACAAAGCCACAAAUUAUUCUUUACCGAAACGUCUUUUUUUCUGGUUCCGAUUGCAAGUCACUUACUCUCCCUUUUGCUAGGAUGAAGUUGGUUUGUGUGUAGGUAGAGUGCAGAGGAAUGGGUGCCUUUGGUCAUGACACUGCAUAUAUGUCUUCAGUGCUCAGACCUGUGUAGGCCCCCCCCCCCCCCCCUUGUUUGCUUUCUGUCAGGUUGCAAAUUUGCACACAUGAAUGAUUCCUCAGGAACAGUUUGCACACUCCUCUCUUCGAUGUACUCUGUAUAGACCAAACAGCAUCAACGGUUACAGCACAAGAGACUUCAUAUAUAUAUCUGCUAGCACAGGCCAUGGUGAGCUCCCAAACAUUACUGUUUCUGCAGGUAAUGGAAAGAGGGGCACAGAGUGUCUAAGUGACCCCGAUUUUCCCUGUAAAUAACCUUCCAGAUUGUGCUGUCUUAUUGAGGCUGUGUUUGUUUUUUCUCCUUUCCUCUCUGAAGUAGUUAAUUAUUUCCAUGGUUAUUAUGCAAGAGGAAUUGCCCUUGAGCUAAGAUUCAGUUGUUUAUUAAGCAGCCAACAUUAAACUAAGCAUUAUUCUUUGAAUAUAUGUUCAUAGAAUAUACUAAUUUGAGAUAAUUACGAAACAACUAAAAAGCAAAAGUCUGCAUUAGCUAUCCAGCUCUUAGAGUGUUUAGAGGUUUGUUUGUUUGUUUGUUGUUUGUUUAUUUUUAUGGUGUAUUCCUUGAGCUUUUAGCUUGGAAUAUGUGUUUUUAUCCAAGUGUAGGUCUCUUAAGGGGACGUUAAAAUUGGAAUGUGACACGGUUAACUGACCUGACAGCUCUAGAGGACCUUUUCUGUUGUGAUUACUGCUUUCGGUAAGACUGUGCAAAAUGAGGUUCAUUUUUACCAGAAGUGCAGGGUUCAUAGAGAAAUGGAUCUUGUGCUUUAACUACCACAUAGAAAUUUGCCUUGGUUUCUAACCCCCAGAUAUUUGGAAGGAGGUACCUGUUCUUUCCCAGAGGAAAUGCCUCCUCUCUGGUCCCACUGCUGCUCACCUGCAGUCACUGUCUCCUCCUAGCACUCACUGAGACUUUAACUUGAACCUCUUUCCAGGGGCGAGGGUGUGUGUGUGGGGGGUGGUGUCUGUCGGGGGUUUGCUACCUCUCUUCAUCUUAGGCUUGAUUCAUUGUUAGGAGAGUGCUGAUGGAUUACACACCUCUGGGAAGUCAUCGUGGCUCUGGGGUUAAGAGUGCAGUGGUUUGGAAAAAUAGCUUAUAUUGGGUCUUAUGUGUCAUUUACAUAUUGUGACUGUACUAAAUGCAGUAAGACUGGAUGUUCUCCUGGGUGUGUUUGGUUGAUAAUGCCCUUGGCUCUUUUAGUUUUAUUUGUCAGCGUGCAAUUGUGGAGAAAUUAUUUAUGUCAAGGCCUGAGGAACUGUGACUCAAACAAAUGCUUAUACAAAAUUUGGAGAUCACAUGGGGGCAGACAGCUUUGGCACCCUCCAGCACAGCAAAGUGUCUGAGCAUUUGGCAGAAGGCAUGGCAAAUCUGGUACUGUCCUUUGCCACUCACUCACUCACAGGACAUGACUAAAGCACGUCUGAGCUGGGGCACAAAGCUGCUGGCCUGGGCUCUCUCCUUAUAAACAUUUGGUGGAUUUUGAAUCACUCCUCCGUAUUAGGUGUAUAUUCUCACUCUAAAACAUUGUGGUUAAUGAAAAAUAAAUCUUGUACAAAUGUCCUUAAA